AUGUCGUACCGCAUGGUGCUGUUCCUGGUGCAGUACCUGACGCCGCUGUGCAUCAUCUCGUACGUGUACGCGCGCAUGGCGCUCCGCCUCUGGGGCUCCAAGGCGCCCGGCAACGCGCAGGACACCCGAGACGCCACGCUCAUGAAGAACAAGAAGCGGGUGAUCAAGAUGCUGGUAAUCGUGGUGACGCUGUUCGCAGUCUGCUGGCUGCCACUGCAGACUUACAACGUCCUCCAAGACGUCUUCCCCUACAUCAACGAAUAUCACUACAUCAACAUCAUUUGGUUUUGUUGCGACUGGUUGGCCAUGAGCAACAGCUGCUACAACCCGUUUAUCUACGGAAUUUACAAUGAGAAGUUCAAGCGGGAGUUCCGGCAGCGCUUCCCGUGGCGGUCCCGUGGCUGGUCGUCCUCUCCAGUGACUGAGUCUCUGGAGCUGGAUCGCUCGUACGGGGCUGCAGCGACCGGCCGCUGCUCGCUGCGCAGCUCCGGCUACGACUGGAGGCGCUCCUACUCGGCCACUCCCGCCGAGCGGCGCAGCGUGCACCGCGGCAACACCGCCAACUUGGCCAAAGCCAGCCUGCUCCGCUCCGCGACGACACAGAGGUCGCUGCCCCAUCGGCAGGAGAAGCUGGAACGGAUAGCGGACGUCGCCAAUGGCCAUGGGAAGGUCCCCACGUGCCCAGCCACCACGGAAAUGUACAUCUUUCCCGCAGCUGGAGUCCUUUCCAAAAAGGACAUCACUUCCAGCAUGGAGGAACUGUGCUCCUUAUAGACUACUGGCUGUCGAAACCAUUAAAGAUUUUCUCUGCUUUCUCUGAGUCGAUGUAUUGGCAUUUGUUUGUUGCCUGCUUGAUGUCCUCUGAGCUGGGUAAGAGAUGUGCAUAAUGGACAUUUUGUGCUUUAAUGUAUCCGACAAGAGGCGUUCUGAAACAAUCCUAUACUGAGGAGCUCGAAACAGAUAUGAAACUGCCACAACGAUGCAUGUGAGAUUUUCCUAGGAGUUCAAUAUGUUUGCAGAACCUGGUAGAGUGACAUGUUUUUCACUAACAAAAAAUAACAAAACAAUAUCUUCUCGUGACAGUCCUACAGUCUAUGAAGGAAGUUGUUGCCAUCCAGGGGUAGAGGCAAAAAAAGUAGUGAGAAAGUACAGAUACUUCGACGACAACUAAUUCCGCAAAAAUUUUCUUAUAGAUAUUAUGGACACACUGUGGAAUUCAGGGUGUUAGAUUACGUAUCUGUAUCUGUUUCACUUCUACUCAGGACUGUUUCUGCAAUCUGGAAGAAGACGCUGCCAGUGGUUCUUGAGAGAACUUCGAUAUAGUUAACGAUUCGUGAUCUUGGCCUGAGAAAUAAGGAACAUUCUGUGUACUUUUUCAUUCCUCCAAUGGCAGCCAAAAAAAUUCGACUAAGAGAGAGUUACCUGCGCGCUACUGAAAAAGGUCCUGCAUUUCACUACAUCAAGUCUCUCGAGGUCGCCGAAACUGUUUCGUUGUGAAGUGACUCAUACCUAUUCGUCGAACAAAACUGGUUUGUUUUACAUUUAACAGAAAAUCAUUUUUAACGGCCUUUCGCCGCGUGUUGCUGUAAUCACAGUGCAUCUGAAUGAGUGAAACCUAAAAUUGUUACAAUAUCAUCAAAUACUUCUCGCCAGAUGGGAACAAUAUUGUUAACUGGAUCUCUUGAUAUUUAUCCAUAGUAAAUUAUUCGAUAUUACU